AUUUAUUUAUUUUUUGUAAUUUUUAUUAUUUUUCACAUUACAAAAAUCCAAUAGAAUUCCAUAGUUCCCACUUAACACUCCGACCAGACUAGUCCCAUCCUUGCCCUUGAGAUUUUUGGACACUUGCUUCUAUCUCUCUCCCUAUUUUUUAUCUCUCUUUCUUUCUCUGAAAAAGCAUUUUUGCUCUUUCUUUGUCUUUUUAUUCAUUUCUUCCUAUAAUUCUUGAUCACAAUCUCCUUUCUUUUGCAUCUCUCUCUCUCUCUCUCUCUUUCUCUUUUUCUUUUUCUUUUUCUAAAUUCUCUAUCCCUGAUCUGGCUAUACAUCUCCAAAGUAUUUUAAAGCAGUGGUACCAAAAAUGUCACUGGAAAUGAUGGCUUCCGAACGUGUUUGUUAUGUUCACUGCAACUUCUGCAACACCAUCUUAGCGGUUAGUGUUCCAUGCAGCAGCUUAUUUACCAUAGUGACAGUGAGAUGCGGGCAUUGUGCCAAUUUGCUGUCCGUUAACAUGGGAGCUUCACUUCAAACAAUUCCUCCUCAGGAUCCCACCCAGUUGCAGAAACAGAUUCAAAGCACAGAUGAUUCAAGUGGCAAGGAGAGUGGCUCAUCUUCCAAAUGCAACAACAAGCUCUCUGCUAUUGAGUCUGUAGAGCAUGAACAACCUAGAUUACCUCCCAUUCGCCCGCCAGAAAAGAGACAGCGGGUUCCAUCAGCAUAUAACAGGUUUAUCAAGGAGGAAAUCCAAAGGAUUAAAGCUAGUAAUCCUGACAUAAGUCAUAGGGAAGCUUUCAGCACAGCUGCAAAAAAUUGGGCACAUUUUCCUCACAUACACUUUGGUCUAAAGCUGGAUGGUCCAAACAAGCAAGCAAAGUUAGAUCCGGCAAUAGCCGGAGAUGGAACUCAAAAGCCUAAUGGAUUCUACUAGGUUUAAAGAGAGAGAGCAGCAUCAAAUUUGAUUUUAUGGUACACUGUGAAUAGCAGCUAGUUUUUCAUCAAUGUAUCAUAUACAUGUAUUCCAUUAUCAUCAGCUUGGUGACGUUUCCUAACCUUUUGGGGGCGCCCUCUUUAAAACCUUAAAAUAGUACUCUCUCUCUCUCUCUCUCUCUCUCUCUCCCCCUUUGUUUUUUAAAAUUUAUUUAUUUUUAUCAUUAUCGUAUAUUAUUAUGAGUGAUUUUCCCUUUCCAAAACUGUCAAGGACGUGACUGCUAUUCUUGUUAUUGCAUUAAUUAUGUUUGAACUUCGUUCCCUUUGUUUUAUUUAAUUUUAAUUUCUUUAGAGACCAUCUUAAAUAUGUAAUCAUGAUUAUAAUAAUAUUAUUAAUUUGAUUCCUUAAUUAGAAUAA